UCAGUGCUGCAAUGUGAUUUUUGUUUUGGACGCCUCGAACUGUGGAGUCAGUCAGAGAGACCGCACUUGCAUCACGUUUCUAUGCUCAGCACUCAUGCAGAGCCUUUCAGAGUCCCCCAGAUCGAUGCUUCUAUUCUCUAGGACGGCAGAGUAAGCACGAAUGAGCUCCAUCGGACCACGUGCAGGUUGUGUGAACGGUUAUAGCUGUGACCUGAAAAGAUUGUCAACAACGGACGUUGUAAAACAUUCUAAUCAUCUGCCGAUUGGACGUACCAGCAGGAAGCGUCUGCAGACCUGCACAGUGCACGAAGAAUUGAAGUGCGUGGAAUACUCUUCAGGGUGUUAAUGUGCGUGUUGCCUCUCUUCAGAGUCGAAUGAGAGGAGACCCCAUCUACGGUCCACACCAGUCCAGAUAGUAUUGUAUAAGAAAUUCAUAUCCAACAUGAGUUUACAACGUUACAACAUGUUCAGCCACCCAGCAAGCGCGCAAUAUUAGACUUUUACAGUGGGUUGACUUGAACUCACCGUGUCGGUCAAUUUCUGAAAUAUAUUACAGGCGACGAGAGAAUUUUCAUGCAGUAGGAAGCUGGGAAGCAAGAUACGUGGAUUACCUCCAAGAUCGCUUCGGACAGUGCUAUCCGCGAUUUCUUUUUAUCAUAAUUUGGUAUAGAUCCAAGAAAUUGGUGAGGGGGCUGUGACUAUGAAAAUCUGAGACGCAGCGUGACUCAUCGUUUUGCAGGAGCGGCGUGAGAUCAUCCCAGGGACAAAUCCUGGCGGAGCCACAGUGCACCAUCGUAGAGCUGUUUUUGAUAGAUAUGAAAUGUCAACAAAGAGGCGUGUCUGUGAAGAAUAGAUUUUGCGGGGAAUAAGUAGGUUACCGCUUACUUAAUUUGCACGCAAAUGUUUGUGGGUUGAAUUGAAGCAGAAGUUUCUCUGGUUAUUGAGCGCCUCUAGAUUUGUAUUUAAAGCCUGAGUGUUUGUGCACGUUCAGAUUAGAAAUUAUGUUAUCAUUAGAAGCGCGACAGAAGUGAUUUACCUUAUUCGAAGCAUACUCUCAAUUUCAAGAACUCGCAUCUCCUCCUACCUUGUAACGGCUGGUCCAUAUUGUCGGCGGGCUUUUUGUGCAUUUCAUGUCCAGCUUGUGUUGGAUUGCCAACCCGGAUUUGUAGUUCUGGCGCUUGAAAAUCCACAUACAUAUCGAUCUUGACAAACAGAUUAUCACGCUUGUGUCGAGUUUGAAAACGUUGAUCAAAUCGAGGUUGUGAUACCAAAAACCGAAAUGGUGAGUGGGGACCAUUCAACAAUCGUGAAGCCCCGCAAUGACGAAAGAGAAUACAAAAGAGUUCUUCUCUCAAACGGGCUUCAAGUUCUGCUCGUGAGUGACCCAGAGACUGAUAAGGGUGCUGCAGCAAUGGACGUACAUGUGGGGUCAUUCAAUGAUCCAGAGGGUGUGCAGGGCUUGGCCCACUUCCUAGAGCAUAUGCUGUUUUAUGCAAGUGAGAAAUACCCCGAGGAGGGAUCGUACAAGAAAUUCCUCAGCGAACAUGGAGGAUAUGCAAAUGCUUUUACUGGGGAUGAAAAUACGAAUUAUCAUUUCGACGUCAAUGCGACUCAUUUCGAAGAAGCUUUGGACAGAUUCGCUCAGCUCUUUAUAUGCCCUUUGUUUUCAGCAGAGGCAAUCUCAAGGGAGAUGCAUGCUGUUGACUCUGAGAAUAGUAAAAACCUCUCAUCAGAUGCAUGGCGGCGGUGUCAGUUACAAAAGAAUUUCAGCUCCAAAGACCAUCCUUAUCACAAGUUCCAAACAGGUAACAAGACUACACUCCAUACCAGACCGAUUUCAAGAGGCAUGGAUAUUCGAGAAGGAUUGCAGAGCUUCUUCGAAGAAAACUACUCAGCUGGACUUAUGAGUCUCGCGGUUUAUGGUAAAGAACCAGUGACUAAGCUCGAAGAGCUUGUACGCGAAAAGUUUUCUCUCAUCAAAAACAAAUGCGUAGAAGCCCUAAGAUUUCCUGGAAGCCCUUGUUCCUCAGAGCAUUUGAAGAUUAUAGUGAAAAGCGUCCCCCUGAGAGAUCAAAACAUUUUGGAGGUCACCUGGCCAAUUACACCCAAUUUUAGUAACUACAAAAAGGGUGCAUCACCGUACGUCCAGCACAUUCUUGAGAGUGACGCCGAAGGAUCUCUCAUCGCACUCCUCAAAGAAUUAGGCUGGGCCAACAGUAUAUCUGCACAGGAAAAUGGGACCAUGGAUUACGCUUUCCUCGAAAUCUACUUAGAGCUUACCAAUGCAGGUCAAGAACAUGUUCAAGAAGUCCUGGAUUUCUUGUUCCAAUACGUUAAACUUUUGCAGCAGGAAGGAGUUGUGGAGUGGAUAUAUGAAGAGAAACGCGCAAUGAAUGAAACGUGGUUUAAUUUCAAAGACAAGGCCGAUCCCAUCGAUUAUGUCGUGGAACUCUCUGACUCGAUGCAGAUUUACCCAGUAGAAGACUGGCUAGCAACGGAUGCCUUGUUUGCAGAAUUCGAUAGAAACACUAUCUCUGCACUGGCAAAUCAGCUCAAGCCUCAGCACGUCAGGAUCUUCUGUUCUUCAAAAAAACACAAGUUGGAAACCACGGACGUAGAACCUUGGUAUGGAACUCCGUACACUGUUGAGUACAUUGACGACAUUUGCAUCCAGCGAUGGGAGGAUGCGCCUAUAGAUACAAGGUUACAUCUCCCGUCACCAAAUAUAUUUAAACCCACUGAUUUCAACAUCAAAAACUUUGAAGGCGAGGAAAAACACCCAGUUAUGAUACGGAAGACUAGUCUAUCGAAGUUAUGGUAUAAGCAUGGAACAAAUUUUAAAACGCCCAAAGCGUAUGUGUACCUGAGUUUUCAUUGUCCCGAAUCAAACAAGUCAGUGGAGGCUGAGAUACUUACAUAUAUCUUCACAUGGCUUUUCGCGGACGAAAUGACUGAGUAUGCCUAUUACACUAGUAUGGCUGGACUAUAUUACAGUGUCUCCGACAGUAAAGAUGGACUAGAGGUUGUGGUGGAAGGAUAUCAUGACAAAUUGAUGUCUCUGACGGAGAAGAUAGUGGAGAAAAUGCUGAAUUUUCGAAUGAAAGAGGACCGGUUUGCCUUCGUGAAAGAGAAGGUAGUAAGAAACUACGCAAACAUGCGUUUUAUGCAACCUCAUGCACAGGCAAAUUACGAAAUCAAUCAUAUCCUUACUCAGGAAUCAUGGCACUUAUCUGAAUGUCUCGAAGUUUUGCCAUUAAUUGACGCCCAAAAGUUCUCGGCUUACUUCCCUCGACUACUCUCUGGAACUUUCGUUGAGGCUCUCAUUGGAGGUAAUGUCACAAGCAGCGAGGCCACGUCCCUCAUGCAGUACAUUGAAAAAACACUCAGCCCCUUGGUCAACAAUAGGGCACCUAAUUUCUCGCAAUCACUUCAGAGGAGGAUUAUGUGCUUGGAAGCUGGCACGGAAUGGUUCUAUCCUACUGCUGGAUUUAGCCCAGAUGAUGAAAAUUCAGCCAUAAGCAUCUUCUUCCAGGUUGAAAGGGAUUCCCCAAGGUCAAAUAUGUUGCUUAAGCUUUUCACUUUGAUUGCCCAAGAACAAUACUUUAACCAGCUUCGAACAGUGGAGCAACUCGGUUACAUCGUAAACCUUUAUGAGAAGCAUUUCGAGAACGUUCGAGGUGUGCAGAUCACCAUCCAAUCUACUGUAAAGGAUCCGACGCAACUUGAUCAACGAAUAGAAGCAUUCUUUACCAUGUUCGAGGAGGAACUCCAGAUGAUGACGGUAGAAGAAUUCAAGAAUAAUGCUGAAGUUUUGAUGGAUAUGAAGUUGGAAAAAUGCAAAAAUAUAUGGGAAGAGAGUGAUUUCUAUUGGAGAGAAAUCAGCCGUGGAUCUCUGCAAUUUGAUAGAAAAAAAAAUGAGGUGAAUGCCCUAAAAGAACUGAAGAAGGAAGAUCUCAUUGCAUUCUUCAACCAAAAGAUCAAACGGAACGGCUCUGAACGGAGAAAGCUAGGUGUGCAAAUUUUCGGCAACCAACAUCACCGAGAACUAAUCAAAGCCAAAGAUGAGCGAAAACUCCCCUUGAGCUUCACAAAUGAUUCAGAAAAUGGUCACAGCAAUCCUGGCCCUACAGAAACGAAGCAAAAUGAGCCCCACCCCCAAACAAACGGCAGUAAAGAUACAGACAGCUAUCAUCUUCUAAGUAAUGGAAUCGCGGAAACCAUACCGAGGGAUGACUUUUAUGAACAUCUGUACACACCUGGUAAUGGCUACAAACAGCAGGGGGUUACUGAAGCAAAAUUUGAUAGUCGCCAACAGAAUGCGAUAUUUGUGUGCGACGAACAGGCUGCGCAGUUGGAUCACACCAAGAAGACAUGCGCCAAUCGCAUAGAUGACAUCCAAGCAUUCAAAAGAUCCCAGUCUUUUUAUUGCUCUCCGAAGAUUGUCCCCUGAAGUUCUCUCAUACAUGCUUGUCAACUUCUAGGCGACAAAAUUAUCAGAAAAUUCUAUAAGUUUAGCAGUGUAAAUUCAUCCUUUUUAUUCAUUAAUUUAUUUUUCAGUAAUCUCACGCAACCCGUUGCCUGAAAAUUUAAUCUUAGUAAACUCCUCUGCUUCUUCCAUUCUGAGUACAGAGAUGUCUGCAAUCUGGCCAUAUGUCAGCCUGUUCAAUCACACAACUUUUGAGUAGCAUUUUAAGGAGAAUUCUUAUAAUAAAUACAUUGUCUUCUC